GUCCGCUACGCCAUCGCCGAGGAGCUGGGCAGAGGCUCGCUCGUGGGGCCGCUGGCGCGGGACCUGGGGCUCAGCGCGGACGAGCUGCCGGCGCGCAAGCUGCGGCUGAGCGAGGAGAAGCAAUACUUCACGGUGAAUGAGGAGAACGGGAACCUGUACGUGAACGAGAGGCUGGACCGCGAGGAGAUGUGCGGCGAGUCGGCGACCUGUUCCGUCCGCUUCGAGGCGCUGGUGCACAACCCGCUGAACGUUUUCCAUGUCGAGGUGGCCAUUGAGGAUGUGAAUGACAACUCCCCGACCUUCAGUAAGGCUGCUCUGGAAUUGGAGAUUGGUGAAUGGACGCUUCCCGGUGCUCGUUUUCCCCUGGAAGUGGCCCGAGAUGCCGACGUGGGCAGCAACUCCCUUCUGAUUUAUCAGCUCACAGGCAACCCGUCCUUCACUUUGGCCAUGACGGAGAGUCCUGGUGGAAGCAAGCAGCCGGAAUUAAUCCUGGAGAGAGGGUUGGACCGGGAGAAGCAGAGUUCCUUUGAACUGCUGCUGACAGCAGUAGACAGCGGGGACCCCGCAAGGUCUGGGACUGUCGAGGUCCUUAUUAACGUGACGGACUUAAACGACAACCUGCCUGUGUUCAGCAAAAGCCUCUACGAGGCGAGAGUGGCGGAGAAUUUGCCACUCGGGUCUCUGGUGCUGCGGGUAGAGGCGACAGAUGCAGACGUGGGCACCAACGGGCAGGUGUCCUACUCCAUCGUCAACAUCCCAGAAAGCAUCCGAACGUUGUUUACUAUUGAUAGUGAGACUGGCGAAGUCAGGACCACAGGUCCCCUCGAUUACGAGGGACAGAGUAAAUACAUCUUCCGCCUGGAGGCUAGAGACGGCGGUGGGCUCACGAGUCACUGCGAAGUGCAGAUCGACAUCACGGACGAGAAUGACAACGCUCCCGAGAUUACGAUUCUGUCGCUGUCGAGUCCCGUGCCCGAAGAUUCGCCAGUGGGCACCGUGGUGGCCGUGCUGAAAGUUCGGGACAGAGACUCCGGCGAGAACGGUCAGGUGUCGUGCGAGCUGUCGGGCGAGGCGCCGCUGUCGAUCGUGGCGUCGCCGGGCGGCUCGUACAAGGUGGUGACG